AUGGAGGAUUUCAAUCUAAAUAUUGAUAUAGAAGCAGAGUUCAAUGGAUGUCAAAGAAUGGGUGGUCAAAGAAAUGAAGAUAGUGUUGAAGAAGAUGAUUUGGAGGUAAUUGACAAUGACGAGUGGGAUUCACUAAGUGAUGACUCAGGGGACAACAGGAAAAGAAGAGAAAUGAUCAAAGAGCUGGGGAAACAAACCUUAUGUUCUGCUGGUGAGGUGCACAAGGUAGCUUUUCAUAUUGGGCAGAAAUAUAAAGCCAAGAAAGAAUUGAAAGAUAAAAUUGACCUGCAUGCUUUAGAGACAAGGAGGAAUAUCUCAUUCACAAAAAACGACAAGAGUAGAUUAAUAGCUGUUUGUGAUGGAACUGUAGUUUUAAAUGCAAGUGGGGUAGGUGGACCUACCUCUGGGAAAAAGGAACCAAGCUGCCAAGCUGAUAAUGGAGCUAAUACUACAACAGUUGAUGACUAUGAACCAUUUGUAGAGGAUUACUCACUUUAUGCUGAUUAUGAUGCUGAGUUUAAUGUUCAAACUUCAUUUGAAAAACAACCAGAAGUGGAUUAUCUAGAGGGUAUGGUGAGUGAUGAUAGUGGAGAUGCUUUCUACUCUGAGAGUGGCCAUGGUUCUGAGGAUAGUGGAGAUGAUUCUGAUGACAGUGAAUACAAUGUGGAUGAGUCUAACAUACAAUUUGAUGUAGAUGUAGACAUGAGUGAAUUCCAUAAUGCUGUUGAUGUAGAUGAACAUGGAAUCUUGAACAAUCAUUCAAAAGAUGAUGGGAUUGGAGUGGUUGACUUUGAUAAUGAGUUGGAAGUUAUUGCCACUGAUGAUUAUCAAUUUGCAGGAUUUCAUGAAGAUGAUAGGAAGAGACUGCUAAAAGAGUUGAGUAAGUCAAGUACAUGCUCACAUGGAGAGGUUCAUGUUAAACCAUUUCAGAUUGGUCAGGUCUUCAAAACCAAGGUUGAUGUUAAAAACUACAUGAACUCACAUGCUGUAGCAACAAGGAGGUUAUCAACAUGGAAAGCCAUGUAUUUCAACAAAAUUGAUCCAUUGAAUGGACGUACAAUGUGGCCUAAAAGUGACUGCCCAUUCACUUUACUUCCACCAAAACAUAAGACACAGGUUGGGAGGCCUAAGAAGAAGAGAAGAAGGGGUGUUGAUGAGCCAAACAGCCAAGCUGUUACAAUGGCGACCCUCUCCUCCAAUCGAUUCUUUGAUCUUAUCAAACCUGGAAUCACCACCAAUGCCCUAGCACACAUAGGGGGAUCAGACCAUCGAAUGAAACCACAUCUUUUACAGUUCCAAAAUUACCUUCCAGGGUUACGAUCCGUCCAUGAAGUGAUCUUCGUUGCUUCAUUCCCACAUCUGCAAGUCACCAUCUUUGAAUCAGAAGCGAUUGGAUGUCGUGAAGGGUACAACGGUCGAGCAACAGUGGAAAGGAGGAGAGAUGAUCGACUGAUGAAGCUAAAGGAUUUGCCCAAAAAUCGGACAUGCAAUUUCUUUUAA